CUUCUAAUGGAAAUGAGAAGCAUAACCCAGUUCCUUCAGGAGAAGCAUGUUCUGGUCAUUGGUGCCACUGGCUUCCUUGCCAAAAUUUUUGUGGAGAAAAUACUGAGAGUUCAACCACAUGUGAAGAAACUUUAUCUUCUUUUGAGAGCCACAGAUGCUGAAUCUGCCACUCGACGAUUGCACAAUGAGAUAAUACGGAAGGACCUGUUUAGAUUGUUGAAGGAAAAUCAUGGUGCAAAGUUCAAUAACUUUAUCUCGGAAAAGUUGACUCUGGUACCUGGUGACAUAUCUCUAGAGGAUUUGAAUUUGAAAGACUCCAUUCUCCGGGAAGAGAUUUGCAAUCAAAUUGAUGUUAUAGUUCAUUUAGCUGCGACAACUAACUUCGAUGAGAGAUACGAUGUCGCAUUGGGUAUUAAUACAUUUGGAGUUAAGCAUGUCUUGAACUUCGCCAAAAAUUGUAUUAAACUGAAGGCGUUUGUCCACGUAUCAACUGCAUAUGUAUGUGGCGAGAGAGAAGGGCUCAUAACAGAGGAUCCAUGCCAAUUGGGUGUGUCACUAAAUGGAUUUCCCGGACUAGACAUUGAUGUUGAAAAGAAAGUGGUGGAAGAGAAGUUGAACCAGCUUCGAGAAGAGGGAGCCACAGAAGAUGAUAUUAGAAUGGCCAUGAAGGACUUAGGUAUGAAAAGAGCAACUAUGUAUGGAUGGCCAAACACUUACGUCUUUACAAAGGCAAUGGGAGAAAUGCUUGUAGGAAGUCUGAAGGAAAACAUGUCCAUUGUUAUUGUACGUCCUACAAUUGUUACCAGCACUUACAGAGAACCUUUCCCUGGUUGGGUUGAAGGUGUAAGAACAAUAGACAGUUUAAUUGUUGCUUAUGGUAAAGGGAAAUUAACAUGCUUUCUUGCGGAUAUUGAGGCAGUUUUUGACGUGAUACCAGCUGACUUGGUUGUGAAUGCAAUACUAACGGCCAUGGUGGCUCAUGCAAAUCAACCUUGUGAUACCAUAUAUCAUGUGGGUUCCUCCCUUGCAAAUCCAAUUAGAUACCUUAAUCUCAAAGACUACAGCUUCAGAUAUUUCACGGCAAAACCAUGUGUAAACAAGGAAGGAAAGCACGUCAAGGUUGGCAAAGUUACAAUAUUGAACAGCAUGACUAGCUUCCAAAGAUAUAUGUUCAUUCGCUACUUGCUUCCAUUGAAGGGGCUCGAGCUAGUCAAUGCAGCAUUUUGCCAGUAUUUUCAGGGAAUGUAUCUUGACAUCAAUAGGAAGAUCAAUAUUGUGAUGCGGUUGGUUGACCUUUACAAGCCAUACUUGUUCUUCAGUGGCAUAUUUGAUGAUAUGAACACAGCAAAGUUGCAAAUAGCUGCAAGACAAGGUGGGGUAGAGAUGGAUUUGUUUUACUUUGACCCUAAAAUGAUUGAUUGGGAGGACUACUUCAUGAAUGUCCAUAUUCCUGGUAUCGUCAAGUAUGUCUUCAAGUGA